GAGCCCGGGGCUUCGCUCCGUUUCCCUAGCAACGGCCUCCGGAACGGAUAAAUGGCCACCUAGUGAUUUGUCGGACUGUGACGGGUCUGGGCCGCUUGUUACCAACUCAUAAAGCCUUGCAGCUCGGUAGACCCGGAGGAGAGUAUCUGAAGAAGUGGCAUGAAAAGAAGUGAGAUAGACUUUUUAAGAACUUUACUGAGAUGUUUCAUGGAACAGUCACAGAAGAGCUAACCAAUCAUAGAGAAUGGAGUCACUAUAAUGAAAAUAUAAUAGAAGAUCAAAAAGAUUUUGUUUUUGUGAAGUUCAGUGGCCUUCAUUUAAAAUCUAUGGAAAGUUUUCAAUCUUGUAUCUCUCUUAGAGUGUGCAUCUUCUCAAACAAUUUUAUUACAGAUAUUCGUCCACUUCAGAGUUGUAUAAAAUUAGUCAAACUCGAUCUCCAUGGAAAUCACAUCAAGAGUCUACCAGAUACCAGAUUUUGGAGUGGAUUGAAGAACCUAAAACUUCUCUAUCUACAUGACAAUGGGCUUGCAAAGUUAAAGAAUGUAUGUAUGUUAUCUGCUUGUCCAAGCCUCAUUGCCCUCACUAUGUUUGAUUGUCCAGUAAGCCUUAAAAAAGGAUAUAGACAUGUUCUUGUCAACAGUAUAUGGUCUCUCAAAGCACUGGAUCAUCAUGUGAUUUCUGAUGAAGAAAUAAUUCAGAGCUGGCAUCUUCCUGAAAGAUUCAAAACAUAUAACCACCGACUUUUCUUUAAUUUCUGCCCUGCUUUGAAAAAGGGAUCAACCUAUGAGAAUGAAAUUGAUAAUAUCAAAGUUAUUAUUUCAAAAAUUAAUGAAAUUCUGGCUCAUAACUCGCCAGUUUUGAUUGUUCAAAGAUGGAUACGUGGUUUCUUAGUUAGGAAAAAAGUGAGCCACUUGUUCUUGUAUAAAAAACAUCAGGAAAAAACUAUUAGUGAAAGUGAAAAAAAAUGGAUUUGCAAACACAAAGGAUUUGAAGAUAAGCUCUUUAAGGAUCUCUUAUUUCAUCCUGGAACCAAUAUAACAGAAAAGCGUGCAUGUUGGAAACAUAAUAUACAUUCUCCUGUUGAUUUAAAAUAUUCUAGUGAACAGAGAAAACAUGUUUCUUCUAUUUUAUAUGAAUUAAAAACAGGAAAACCAAGACAUCUCAUUCAAAAAGGUCAGAAAGAGUCUGAAGAUAAAAUUAAGGAUGAAGAAUUGGUUGUCGAUUUUAGGAUAUCAGUGUUCAAACUACCAGUACAUACUUCAGAUUCACUGAGGUAUACUGCAUUAUUGAAAGCAAAAGAACAAGAUUAUUUUCCUAUGUAUACCGAGCCACUUUCUACCACUCAUCAAAAACCAGUAAUUAAAAUAAAAGACAUGCUGUUGGAGAAGAGUGUAAGAAGAGAGUUUCUUACAACACAAAGAACUGGUAUGAAACUCCAAGCACUUUAUGAUAUUGAUAAAUAUUGCUCAGAACAAAAGAAGCAGGCAAGCUAUAAAAAUAAAGUAACAGCUGUAAGCGUGGCACAAGUGGCCAAAGAACGAGUUAGAAUAACUAUUCAAGAAAAUUUAAAUAAGAAAAUACAUGCUACGCAUAAACUAACUGCAAGAGAUAAUAAGACCAUUCAGAAUGGUUUACAACGACUUCGGCAGGACAGAGCCAACUACCUUGAGAAAGUAAAAGAGAGGAGAGUCCUGUUUCUGGAAGAAAAACAACAAAAGGCUAAAGACCGUUUAUUAAUUCAAAACUUAAAUAAUGAGCGCACUCUUUUGACCAAAGCAAUGACUAAAAUUGACAGAUUGAAGAAGAAGCAGGCUGUCUUAAAAGAGAAGAGCCUAAUUGUUCAGCAAAAACUGGCAACUGAAAAAUAUCAAAAGGAUUUACUUAAACAAAUGAAGGAAAUUAGGGCUCAAGAAAUAUAUAAAGGACACUGUGAAGAAAAGAUUGUUAAUGAUAUAAUUGCCUUUCAAAAAGCUUGUGAAGGAUUUCAAGAUACUAAAACAAAAGCUGCAAUUGUGAAAAAGAAUUUAAUCCUUAAAGUUCCCAAUGGAAUGACAAAGUGAACCAAUGCCAGAUCACAUUCUAUGGUCAUUUUGAUUUAUGGCCAUUAUUUUUAGUUAAAGCACUUUGAAAUAAUACUAUAAAAGAAGAAGUACUCUAUGUCACAAGAUGGAUUUGUAUGUAAAUCUUCUAAAAAUAUAAAGAGUGAUUAAAAUGUUUCUCUUCUCGAUCAUAAUUUAACCUAAAUCAUGUUGAGUUGGCUCACCUAAAGGUUCCUUACAUAUCCAGAUAUCCAAGGAACAAUGAAAAGUGAUUUAAUUUAUUGCAGGAAAUACUGCAAAGGCAUUGCUUGUAUUGUUUCAUAUCCUGAGUACAGCAAUUUGUAAGCCAUUCUCAGUUUCUCUGGCAACCUUAGAAAGUAAUUUCAGCCCCAGCUAUUGACUUUUAUUAAGACACUGUGUUCUUUGAUUAGUUUCUUUGCCUGCUUUCAUAUAUUUAAUUAUAUUUCCUGUUUAUUUUGUUAAAACAAUUUCUUUUUUCAAAAUAAAAGUUUCACCAUUAUAUUGGUGACUCAUGUUCUUAUAAAAAUUUAGAAAAUAUAAAUUGUAAAAGGGAAAUUAAGCAUUCUUAUUAACUUCCUAGUAGAUUGUAAGAUUUUUGUGUAUUUACUUUCAAUGUGUUUGCCUUUACAUAUAUGGGGGGCAGAGAGGAGAAAUAGAGAAAGGAUGCAUGUAAUUGAGUAAUUGUGAUCAUAAAGUAUUCAGAAAUGGUAUAUAUUCAUUUUAAGUCUAUUUAAUACAUAUUCAUGGUGUAGAAUUUGAAAAAUAAAGAACAAUAUAAAAAGAUACAAAAAUUCUUUGUAAAAUUUUAGUCGAUUUUCAAUAGUAUUUUCAAUCUAGAAAGAUAAAUGUCUCACUUAUUAUGACACUGCUCACUUAAUACAAUGUAACUAAUGCCAUUCAAAAUUUCUCUUUAAUACUCAUCAGUUAUAUAUGCAAGUUUUUAAGUGUUUCUUUUUAAAAUUCUCUAAU